AGACUGCGUAGUGCACGUAGGCAGGGAGCAGGGAGCAGGGAGCGGUUCGGGACUGGACCCGCACGCGGACAGCAGCACUGCAGCAUGGCUGGAGACAGUGAAACCCGACUUCAGGACCAGGAGGAAAACGGCAAUGCCAUUAAGCAGCCGUUUCUUAUCGGAGUUUCUGGAGGAACAGCCAGUGGAAAGUCUUCAGUAUGUGCCAAGAUCAUGGAAUUGCUGGGGCAGAAUAAGAUCGAUCAUCGGCAGCGGCAGGUCGCCAUCCUGAGCCAGGACAGUUUCUACAAAGUGCUCACUCCUGAACAGAAAGCCAAGGCAGUCAAAGGACAGUUCAACUUCGAUCAUCCCGAUGCUUUUGACAACGAGCUGAUCUUAAAGACACUUCAUGACAUCAUUCAGGGGAAGACAGUUCAGAUCCCGGUGUACGACUUUGUCACGCAUUCCAGGAAGGACGAGUUUGUGACGCUGUAUCCGGCCGACGUGGUUCUGUUCGAGGGAAUUCUCAUGUUCUACUCGCAGGAGAUCCGGGACCUGUUCCAGAUGAAGCUGUUCGUGGACACGGAUCCAGACACGCGGCUCUCCCGCAGAGUUCUGCGAGACAUCAGUGAGAGAGGACGCGAGCUGGAACAGGUCCUGUCCCAGUACAUCACUUUCGUAAAGCCGGCUUUUGAGGAAUUCUGUCUUCCAACAAAGAAGUAUGCAGACGUCAUCAUCCCACGUGGAGCCGACAACCUCGUUGCGAUAAACCUGAUAGUGCAGCACAUCCAGGACAUCCUCAACGGCGGCUUCAGUAAACGCCAGAACGGCAACGCGAACGGUCACAUGACCCCCCGACAGAGACGCUCGUCUGAGUCCAGCAGACCGCACUGACCUCGCCGCGUCCCUCUCCUGCGCAGGACGGGGCUGGACUCGUGGAAUGACAUUCGACGCCCUUUCAUCGCAUGGAAGGGCGGAGCCGCUUGAGCUGGCUGAUAUGAGAUUUAGUAUUGUUCUGCUUUUACUUUUUCAUUUUCCUUCCCCCAGCUUGAAGUUGGGAGUGUUUUCUGUUCUUCUUCUUCUUCAUCAUCAUCAUCAUCAUUGUCCUUGUCUGUAGAAAAUAAACGGUGUUUAUGUCCUGGCUCAGACUGAAAAAAAAAAAAAAAAAAACACUCCAGGUGUUGGAACGCUGUGUUUGAUGAGCCAGAGGUAUGUGUGAGAGAGUGUGUGAGAGAGAGGCAGAGUGUGUGUGUGUGUGUGUGUGUGUGUGUGUGUGUGUGAGAGAGAGAGAGAUGCCUUUAGAAACUUGAAGUCAGAACUCAGGAAGAGUGACUGUAAGGCUGGGGUUCAACCUAAAAGCCAAAAGUGUUUACAUCCCACCCUUUAUAAGGUGUGUGUGUGUGUGUGUGUGGUCAAGUUUUCUGACUCUAGUGUAGGUAUUUGGUCUACUGAUGGUUUUAUACUGAAAUCUUUGUAAAGAUCUUCUGUAUCUGAGUGUUACGAGAUGGAGUGUUACGAGAUGGAGUGUUCUAAAACAUGGCUGCUCCUAUUAGCAAAGACUUUAAGGCUAUAAUGCGACAUGUCCUCUUGAUUUCCCAGUCAAAUGAAAUCUCAUGUUCUAUUUGACAACCUUUUAGGUAUUUGCCAUGUGCUUUAAAAUCAGUGUGAUGUCAGGGGGUUAAAAUGUUACACGUCUUUAUGCAUCCUCCAGUACUUGAACUGUAGUUAGACCAUUAAUCUAGACUAAUUUGUUUUUACUUUUGAUAUUAGAUUAAGAGUGAGAUUUUCGCCCAAUAAUUUAAUGUGCGAAUUUCUGUGAGAA